AUGGCGGCAUGCUGCGGGCGCGCUUGGAGCCGAGCGGGGACAGGUGAGGCCGCGGGGACAGCCUCUCUGUUGUGGUCUGCAACCCGAAAAAGUUCACAGAGCGCUUCAAUACAGCGAAGAGUCCUUCCAAAAACAUCUUUAUCUGCACCUCCAUGGCCUGAAAUCAGACUGCCAGAUCGAGCUGAAGAGGCAAAGCACCACAGAGAGAUUGUGCAGAAAGUGAAUGAACAAAUUGCUGACAGACAAUAUGGAAGGCUAUUUGCAGUUGUUCACUUUGCCAGCAGACAAUGGAAAGUAACAAAUGAAGACUUGAUUUUAAUUGAAGGCCGCAUACCAGCUGAAUGUGGAGACAGAAUCCGAAUGGAGAAGGUAUUGCUGGUCGGUGCAGAAGAUUUCACUCUCCUUGGGAGGCCACUUCUGGGAAAAGAUGUGGUCCGCGUGGAAGCUACUGUUCUUGAAAAGACAGAAUCUUGGCCAAAAAUUAAUAUGGUGUUUAAUCGAAAAUGCCAUAUCCAGAGGAAGAAAAUUAUGAUUAUGCCACAGACUGUCCUCAGGAUAAACACCAUUGAAAUUGCUCCUGUCCUGUCCUGAUGAAUUAUUGGGCUUGGUUUAUUCGUUAGAGCUCUAGGCAGUAUGAAAAUGAAAGAUGUUUCUGUUGCAUUCUGUCAUUACCUCUACUAGAAAUCUAUUAGUAAAUAAAACUCCUGUCCCAACAUUAUUCCUCAUUUGGUGGUGAUGAUUAUGUAACUGCGCUCAUAAAAUUGUU